CAUCGCCUCUCCUCUAAUGCCUCGGUCGUCUCUCUUCUCUUCCAUUUCGCCCUCGUUCUCCACGGCCGUUCCAAUCCGACCUCGCCGGAAUCUUUGAAUUUCCUUUUAUUGUUUCCGAUCGAGGGGGGUUUCGGCCGGCGGGAGGAGCUGCGAAGAUUUCCCUCGCGCGGCGGAUGGCGGGCGGGGUACAGGGCCGACGACGAUUACGAUUACCUGUUCAAGGUGGUGCUGAUCGGGGACUCCGGCGUCGGCAAGUCCAAUCUGCUGUCCAGAUUCACGCGCAACGAGUUCAGCUUGGAGUCCAAGUCCACGAUCGGCGUCGAAUUCGCCACUCGCAGCAUCCGCGUCGAUGACAAGGUCGUGAAGGCCCAGAUUUGGGACACCGCCGGCCAAGAGAGGUACCGAGCAAUCACUAGUGCAUAUUACCGAGGUGCUGUUGGCGCAUUGCUUGUCUAUGAUGUAACUCGUCAUGUCACAUUCGAGAACGUGGAGAGAUGGUUGAAGGAGCUGCGGGAUCACACCGACUCUAACAUUGUUAUAAUGCUUGUGGGGAAUAAGGCUGAUUUGCGACAUUUACGUGCUGUUUCUACUGAAGAUGCCACGGCAUUUGCGGAAAAGGAAAAUACCUUCUUUAUGGAGACCUCUGCGCUCGAGUCUAUGAACGUUGAGAAUGCGUUCACUGAAGUGCUCACCCAAAUACAUCGAGUAGUCAGUAGGAAAGCCCUUGAGGCUGGGAAUGACCCUGGAGCUCUUCCUAAAGGACAAACCAUUAACGUUGGAUCAAAGGAUGAUGUCUCAGAAGUUAAAAAGGUCGGUUGCUGCUCUUCUUGAGGAUUUACCCGUCAAACAUUUGAAGGAAAUGAAAUUUUCUCCAGUAGUCUCAUGUGUCCAGAUGCUUUAGUUUCUCUACUCUCUUUGGUUUUCAGUUUUCUACUUCAUACUUGUUGUACUCUCACUUGUAUAAUUCUUUCCUUUUCUCUGGCUCUUCCCUUCUUUUUUCUCUUGGGGUUGUGAUUGCUCUAAAAUUAUUGGGACAAGCUCGAAAAUUGUAUUCUGAUAGCCUAGCUUCUGUAUUUGACUUCAUGAGACGUGACUUGCACGGAGAAUAGAACACAGGCACAUGAUUUCAUUUAAGUCCAGAGGCAUUCUUCCA